AACAAAUUUACCCAUAACCUCUGAGGCAGUAAUAAUGGGUGACUCCAAGACCACUGUUUCAGCUACUGUUACUCAAAGUGAUAUGUCUCUACAUAUCACCCCAGACAAGUUGGAUGGGUCCAACUAUUCCUCAUGGUCCCAAAGUGUCCGCAUCUACAUCACUGGCAGAGGUAAAUGGUCUUAUGUCAGUGGAACAAAAAUGGCACCAGCAGAAGCUGAUGCAUUGUAUGCUAUAUGGGAGGAAGAGAAUGCCAUGGUUCAAUCUUGGUUACUCAACUCCAUGACCAGAGAUGUACGAGCCAUUUUUCUCCGACUCUCUACUGCAAAAGAUGUUUGGGAUGCUGUAACCCAAACUUACUCAAUUGAAAAAGAUGCAUCAAAGUUAUACGAACUUCGCCGUCAAGCACUGGCGACUCGCCAGAAUGGAGAACCUUUAUCUGCAUAUUAUGGUAAACUUCAGCAAACAUGGCAAGAAAUUGAUUUCUUGCGUCCUGGUAAAUUGAAGUGCGCUGAUGAUAUUGCUACCCGAGAGACAGAAAUUUCGGAAGAAAGAUUGUAUGAUUUUCUGGCUGGUCUUGAUCCUCAUUUAGAUCAUGUUCGCAGUCAAGUUUUGACUCAAACAACUCUGCCUUCUGUUCGUGCUACUUAUGCUCUUGUGAAUACUGAAGCAAGUAGGCAAACCAUUAUGUUGGUUGGCCCACAAGUGGAAGGAUCCGCCAUGGUAGCUGCUCCGUCUCGAUUUCCCCGUGGAAUCUCCAAUUCUCGAUUAGGUGGAUCCAAAACUACUGAUACAAGGAAGUGUACUUAUUGUGACAAGGAUAAGCAUACUAGAGACACUUGCUUCAAGCUGCAUGGAUAUCCUGAUUGGUGGGUUCAAAAGAAGGAAAAUAAAAAGAAAGGCAUUGGUGGAUCACAAGCACACUUGACACCAAAGCCUUCCAUACCUCGGGUGGAUCAAUCUGCUCACUUAGUUUCUCCUACUACUGCUUCUACUUCCUUAGUCGAUGCAGGAUAUUCGAACGAAAGCAUUGAUUGGUCAUGGUAGAGAGAGGGGAGGUCUAUACUACUUGGACUUACCACCAGAUUGUGAGAAGACAAGUUACAGUUGUCAAGUGGAGGCCAAACAAUUUGAAGCUUCUGAAAAAAUUUGGUUAUGGCACAAAAGAUUGGGACACCCUUCCUUUCAGUACCUGCAAUAUCUAUUCCCUUCUUUAUUUUCUAAAGUCAAGGUUUCUGAUUUCCAUUGUGAAACUUGCAUUCUUUCUAAAAAUCAUCGUGUCUCAUUUCCUUUAAGUUCCCAUAAAAGUAAUGUUCCUUUCUCU